CUCAGCGUUCUGAAGGCAUCACUGGGUCACGUGACGUAGACAGUCAUGGCGUCCUCCCGGAGACGGUUGUUGUGUUUACGGUCAGGGAUGUGGUGUCUGCUGUUUUACUGCGUUUACUCUCACCUGAGGCUCGUGCUGGCGGAGGAAGUGGACAGCUGCGAGCACCUGAGACUCGGACAGUAUCGGUGCAACGAUCCUAAGAUAGACGAGGCCACCCAGGAGCCGGAGACCUGCAGGGACACCACGGCCUGGGUGGAGUGUCUUCCAGCUCCGAACAUCACUUGUCGGCUUCCCAACGGGACCGAGUUCCGGUUCAGUGGGGACGAGGUCGGGUUCAACAGGACCGUCCCCUGCAGGAAUGUGAGUGGCUAUUCCUACAAAGUAGCUGUGGCGUUGUCUCUGUUUCUGGGCUGGCUCGGAGCAGAUCGCUUCUACCUGGGAUAUCCUGCUCUAGGUCUGUUGAAGUUCUGCACCGUUGGGUUCUGUGGGAUCGGCACACUAAUCGACUUCAUAUUGAUCGCAAUGCAGAUCGUGGGUCCAGCAGACGGAUCCAACUACAUCGUGGAUUAUUAUGGAGCCCGACUGACCCGCCUGUCCAUCACCAACCAGACCUACAGGAAGCCACACCUGUCCCUCUGAACACACCUGGAAGCUCUGACAGGAUGGUGUCUUCCACUCCUGACGUUGUCAUGGCAAUUCGUCAUCAACACACUGGAUGAAGUGCACGUCUUUAAAGGGCCAUUCCUCGUUUUUUCAUUCCUGCUGAUUAUUUUUCAGUGGCCGCAUUUCUGUACUGAUCACAUGACUCCAUCAGCUAAUCACAUGACCCUCUCUUUUUCCCUGCUGUCUUGUUUUAAGUUAUAAUAAUCUCCAUGUACAAUUUGUAAAUAAAGUUUUUUUUGUGUUAUCCUGUU